AUGUACAGGCUAUUGAUUGAUGAUGUGUAUGAAGCUCUGAGACAGCGACCAAGUCUGGUGCCACAGGAUACAUUGGAAGCAGGUAUCGAGAGGUUUGCUUUAGGGCGAAGGUUCUUCAUCACUAAGAAGGGAUACUUUGGAUUAGGCCCCCAGAAAUUAAAACCUGGGGACAGAAUUGCGGUGCUUUUUGGGUCCGGAGUUCCUUUUGUGCUUCGAAAGUGUCCAGCUAUAACAGGAAGACGAGCUUGGAGGAUUAUAGGAGAAUGCUACGUACAUGGGAUAAUGCAAGGCGAAGUAAUCCGGAAGUGUGAAUUGGGAACAGCUGAGGCGCAGAUGCUUCUCCUUGUUUGA